UAUUAUAAUCAAAGGCUGAGAAGUGGUCUGAUUUAGAUUUUGACACGGCACCUGUAUAAUAAAAGGAUCGUACGUAGACAGGAAAUGAGCACUCGUGAGAGUAUUCCUCUAAAUGUCUUUUUACUGCGUUGUUUGAGGUUGAGCGAACUCAGCCUAAGCACGGUUUCUAGUCUGGUGUGUGGGAACCCAGUGGACACACACACACAAACACCACACACACACACCACCACCCUUUCCACACACACAUGGGUCCCUGCAACCAAUAACAUGAUGACUUAAACCUGUUAAAACAACAGGCCAUCCCUUUUACCUUCUAGUCCACUGUAUGUUCAGAUGAUGGUCAAUAUGUAGUUCAUUAGAUGACCCACCUUUUAUUGUUUUAACUUGUUUCAUUUUUACAGCUGCCCCCCACUUCUCUAACUGCCCUGCCCCCCUGCCCACAUCCCACCCUUGCUGGAGAAUGAAGCUUGUUUUUCCACUUUUCCAUGUUCUAUGAUUCAUAACCUUUCGAGGAAAACAUGGAAUAUUUGCUGUUGUUUGAAUCCCAGAUUGCCCUUUUAGUCUCUCUCUAGUGCACCUGUACUGUAAUAUAUUCCAUACACAGACAAUACAGUAAAGCAAGAUAUACAGCUAUUUUAGAACAUAUAGUCAUUUAAAAUAACUGACCAUCAGCAAUGGUUAUUACAUUCAUUGUUGAUGUAAUAUGGUAAUGUUAGCCACUGUAAUCAAACAAGACAUGUAUGCUUCCAAGAGCAGCUUUUAUAGCAUGUUAUGAUUAACUUUUCUUUUAAGUGGUGUGGCUGUCCCACUACUUUCAUAUUUUCUUUGUUUAUUGGACAGGAUAUAUAGAAAGAACUAGAUAGGAGGAGAGAAAUUGCUGGAGCGUUGGGUCAGAUUUGAACCCAUGCUCGCAGCGUUAGUACUUGUUAUCCAGAGGCAGUAGCUUAGACCGCUGGAACACCCCAGGCUACAUGAUUAAACAUUGAUUUUUCACACACAAAACACAACAAACGCCACCAACAAACAGAAAAGACACAACAAACCUGGUCAACAUCAGACAAUACCACAUAAACAGCUCAAUCCCAUGAUAAAUCCCUUGUAGCCUAAUUGAGCCGCCAAGCCAAUUGGCUUCCACUGUGUUAAUGGGAAAACCCUUGUCUUCUCCAAGGGGGAUGUCCUCUCUCUUCUCUGGGAAAACAGGGUUUAUUGUCUGUCUGUCUGGAGACUAAAUGGCAUCGCCAGAAAGAGGGAACGCCAACUAACUUCCUACGAACAACUGUCCUGAAACAGAGAGAGAAGCGCAAAGAGAAAGAUCCAACUUCUGUCCAUAUUGCAGUUGGACAGAGUGAGUUUCCUGGAAAAUGUUGACACAUGGACAUUAGUUGGUUAGGAACAUAUUAGAACGUUCCCUCGCUUUCUCUCUCUGGUCUCUCUCUCUCUCGCUCCCUCCACAGUCUCUCUCUACUCUGGUAACGGCCUGUGUGUGAGGAGAUCCAGCAGUCUUUCUGUUUCUAAUUUCUCUGCUCUUUUACCACAUCUGACUUUCUCCAGAACUGAAUUUAUAGGGGAACUGGGCCUUGUCAAAGCCAUGUGGUGUCUGUCAGCAUGGGAGCUGAAUGUACAGGGGAGCUGGGCCUUGUCAAAGCCAUGUGGUGUCUUCCAGCCUGGGAGCUGAAUGUAUAGGGGAGCUGGGCCUUGUCAAAGCCAUGUGGUGUCUGUCAGCAUGGGAGCUGAAUGUAUAAGGGAGCUGGGCCUUGUCAAAGCCAUGUGGUGUCUGCCAGCAUGGGAGCUGAAUGUAUAAGGGAGCUGGGUCUUGUCAAAGCCAUGUGGUGUCUGCCAGCCUGGGAGAGAGAGACCAGGGCUAAACUAGUCUUUCUCAUUUGUCUUUUCAGACAAAAGUACAUACAAGUGCAAGCAUGCAUGUUGAUGACCCCUAUACAGACACGUGCCUAUGCUCAUACACUAUCACACAUACACACACGUUUGUGUUUGCAGGCACACUCUUUCCUAUUUCUAUUAGCCCCUACUACGUAGGCAGUGAUAUACAGCUGUGGUAGCUCACACAUGCAGCUGAUAAUGGCAGUCACUCACCAGGACCCUGUCACAUAGGGAUUUAGAAGCCUGUUUUUCUUCCGCUAGUCAAGUCAGGUGGCCUUUUGGAAAAAAAUGGCUCCUGAAUUGUCUCUUUGCUAAACUAUGGCCAAAUUCCAUAAAGGUGGAUGGAUUGGAUUGGAUUAUUUCAUUUUGAACAGUUGCAGUAUCUUGGUCUAUAAAGUAUCUUUGCUAAACUAUGGCCAACUUCCAUUGAGUUUCGUAUGGUAUUGGCAAUUUUUAUUGAGGGAGCAUAUUUCACACGUUGAAUGUAGGACUUUAAAAAAGAGAGGAGAGACGUACCGUACUACCUCUCAUCUCACUGCUAUAUGUGUUGAAUGCCAUUCAUCAAAACAUAUUUUCAGUCUAGGAUCUAGCUAGCCUACAGUAGCAUAAUAAUUAAUUAGCAUAGCAUCAAUGUCACAAUGUCAAAUUCACUUUGGAAAGUUAGAACUGAGCAAAACCAAUGCCUCUACAGUCAGUCCAAUGUUAGCGUCUUCACUAGGCUAAACAUUAGCAUAGCAUAAUUAGCAUAGCAUUAUUAGCAUUUGUGAAGCCAAACUCACUGUACUGUGUGUUGUCAGACCCCAGACUCUGCUGUAAUGUAUACAGUGGGACCUUUAGACAACAGCGGAACAGAAAAGCAGACUGCCUUUGAGGAAGUGGAACCAGUUCAGGGUGGGCACGUGACAGUACACAACCCCUGUUGGUUGCCCUUCAGAUUCAAAACACCCAGCUAACCCACUGAAGGAGGUGGAAUGGAGAGUUGGAGACACUAUUUCCCUCAGUUUGGUGGGAACGGGGUGGCUGGGCUGGGCGGGCGGGGGAGUUGUUGAGUUGGUACAAUCCAGACCCAGACACUACAGAUAGGCUGUCACAGACAGGGUGGUAUAGGACUCAAUGUACCCACUUGAGGGUAACACACAUCCAUUUAAGACCACUCAGAGAGCUAGUCAAUACUUGUGUACUGUACUGUCUAAUUUGGCCUGCUACCAACCAUACUUAAAUGCUAUGCUUUUCUGUGAAGGUUAAAUUGCUUUGAACUUCAAUGCCUUUUAGACAAUGCCUAUGGGUUGAAGCCUCAGACACUAUGGUGGACCAUUCAGAGCUUCAAACAUAGUACAGCUAUAGUAGUCUUGUGUUAUGAGUGACGUCCAACCUGGAUUUCUGGAAAACCAAGGAAUGUUUGGGAAGUUACUGGAAUUUCGCAACCCUAACAAUGACCAAUGUUCUUUUUUUCCGAUGAAGAAACUGUUUUACACAGACAUAUUUUCCAUAUAGGUCACAUCGGUCUCAUUUCCCAAUGUGAGUUGUUGUGUCUUGCAGGGACAUCAAAUGGAGCGUGUGAUGACUUGAUUCACUCAAGCCAGUGUGUGUGUGUGCACUAUGUGUUCUCAAAUCACAUUAUAGGACCUCGCCAUAUGACUGUAAAUACAGUCAAGAGAUGAUUACUUAAUUGUUGGACAUAAAUAGUUUGUGCUCGUUGCCUCGCUCUCUUCGCUUUCAUACUGUCGGAGUGUGUGUGUUAGUGUGUAUGUGUACAUAUGUGCAUCCGUCAAGUGUGCGCCUGUGUGUGUUAGCGUAUGGCGUGCAUCUGGGUGCGUUAUAGGCUGCAGAAAGUAAUAAAUUAUCCAGUAUCUUCAAGGUUCGCUGAAAGGCAGCUUCCCUACUAUUUACGACUCUGAAUAGUCCACAUUGAACCCAAAUGUUACGGAGGAAAUGCUUGGGGAGCAUCCGAACUUGGUAAAUAGAAUAGACAGUAGGAAACUCUAAUCGUGCUACCGUUGCAGAACAAAAUCACUAAGACACAUGCUAACUGUCAGGGAAGGAUUGAUGUUUAGGUCUCUUUUCCUCUCUCUUUUUGUGAGUGUCGGUUUGGUUUGGUGCCCGAUUCGACAGAAUGUUUUUGCAUUUAAUCAGGUCUAGGUAGAGGCGAUUCAAUUCCAAUCAAAAAUAUUUAUUGUCCCACAAACACCUCUCGAAAUACUAGACUAGGAUUUUUUUGGGGAGAGUCAAUUCACGUCAAUUCUUAACUAUUGCACUGAUACAAGGUCAGCUCUUAUUUAAUCCCCUUGAUGGUUUCAGGUUAGAACUCAGUUAUGGUAAUCUGAUCCUAGAUCUGUGGUUCAGGGACAACUUCUACCUCCUUGAGCCUUAGUGUCCAUUUUCCUCUCAACUCUGGACCCAUAUAUGAAAAAACCUAACCCUAACCCUAGAGUACUGAUCUAGGAUCAGGUUCUCCCUGUCCAUAUAAUCUUAAUCAUUUUGAUUUAAAAUGCAAAACUGAUCCAUGAGCAGUACUCCUACUUUGAAACGUCUGGUGGUUUUGUAAUGAUAGCAGCUUUCCAAGCAGGUGAAAAGUUCCCUGGUUACAUCACUCCACUACUCUCCAUGUAGCAGAUAUAAAUGAAAGCCUGGACCAAUACAAACAUUAACACCCAAUAAAUUCUGGAGUUCGUUUUGAAUGUAGAGCAGUUAUUGUAAUUUAUAGCCUUAGCAAACUGCUGCGGAUGAAGGAACUAGGACAUUGACAUAUUUCCAUUAUUGAGUGUAAAUCAAAAUGUGUAAGUGUGUUUGGAGUCCAAGCACAACUAUUAGUUCUCAUACCUAAGGCCUUAGUAAUGAUAGUAGUGAUAUUUAGCAGGGAGAAUGGCUGGUGUGUAUCUGUGUGUCUGUCUGUCUAUUUUCUUUCUGUGUCAUAGUGUAUAAAGAAUGUGUGUGUGUUUGUCCCCACGUGGCUCUGCACAAACUAGUGUGUGUGUGUGUGUGUGUCUCUUUGUUAUAGGUUGGUGGUUCGUCAGUACAGCCGAGGAGCAGGGUUGGGUGCCGGCCACAUACCUGGACUCACAGAACGGCACUAGAGAUGACCUGGAACUUAGCACCGUCAGGACAGGAGAAGGUAACACACACACCAGACAUUCUCCCUGCUAAAUAUCACUACCGUCAUUACUAAGGCCUUAGGUAACACACACCAGCCAUUCUCCCUGCUAAAUAUCACUACCGUCAUUACUAAGGCCUUAGGUAACACACACCAGCCAUUCUCCCUGCUAAAUAUCACUACCGUCAUUACUAAGGCCUUAGGUAACACACACCAGACAUUCUCCCUGCUAAAUAUCACUACCGUCAUUACUAAGGCCUUAGGUAACACACACCAGCCAUUCUCCCUGCUAAAUAUUACUUCCGUCAUUACUAAGACCUUAGAUAACACACACCAGCCAUUCUCCCUGCUAAAUAUCACUACCGUCAUUACUAAGGCCUUAGGUAUGACAACUAAUAGCUGUGCUUGGACAGCAGGAACCUCGAGGACCAGGGUCAGAGCAGAAAACAGACAUUGUAACAACCCCAGCCAAAUGCCCUUUGUUCAAACUACAGGGUUUUCAUCAGGGUGGAUAUUUUGGCACCAGAGCAGAUUCCUUCACAGCCCCAUGGGAAGUCACUACUUUUUUAAGGAGUCUUGUUUUGUCAUGACCUCUUCUUUGCAAUAAUGUUUAGUCUGACUGUUUGGAGGGCAUAUUUCAUCACUAGAGAAUAAGCUCCCUUCCCGUUUGGAGCUUCAGGACGACACUGUAGCGUCUUAGCUGUAUGUUACACCCAGACAGGCAGGCAGGCACACACACACAUACACAGACAUACACACACAUACAUACAUACACACACACACACAUACACACGUACACACACACACACAUACACACAGACAUACACACACAUACACACUCACACACACACACACACACAUACACACAGACACACACACACACACUCCCCCAGCAUUAAUGUCAUAUUGCCUCUGUUUUCCAUCAGUAUUAGUAACCCAUGGAAACUUUCUGGUAUAGUGUAAUCAUUAUGCUGUAAUGCUUUGUGUGUCAUAGACUGCCACCAGGGUAUGUAAGGCUCUCUCCCUGUCUCUCAUUAAGACAUGUUGCUUUAUGAUCCUCAUGCUGGCCCAUGGCACUGUUACACUGUAAACUGGCACGCCACAUCCCAGCAUGUGAUGACAGGUCCUCUGCAGCUGCUGUAGCCCCCCAGCUCCCCUUAAUGCAGACUGCAGUCACUCCACACACACAGAGAGAGAGAGAGAGAGAGAGACGGGACAUAUGCUGGGUGGUACUGGGCUGGUAGUGAAAGUCUGUGAUAGCCUUUAAGGAAAAACAACGGUCAUGUAGCUGGAGCCUGGAGAUGCCUAGGGAUCUGGGUUAGUCAUAGACUGAGACACACUUGCACGGAUGUGGAUGCAGUCGCAGACACACAUACAGAGAGGUAAUGCAGACACACACACACACCCCACACAUCACAUCCCUCCCUCCCAUCCCACAAAACACUCCUCUAUCAACACCUUCCCAAUUAGAGCCUGCCUGCUCAGUUUGCACACACCGCUGCAUAUCUCAUAUCUCUGGUAACUAUCCUGUCUCCCCUACCCUCUCAGCCCCCCCCCCCCCCCCCCCCAUACUUAUUAAGCCCCAGUCUGCUGUAAUAUAAACCAAUAGCAGACUGUAGCUAGCUCACUGAGGUGGAACGACAGGGCCUGGUAGGUCUGGUCUAUUGGAAUUACCCUGAAAUAACAUCUCCCUUUGUGGCUGUCCCCAAUCUGAUAUUUCAAUUAGGAGGUCAAUGUGAGAGAGAGAGAGAGAGAGAGAGAGAGAGAGAGAGAGAGAGAGAGAGAGAGAGAGAGAGAGAGAGAGAGAGAGAGAGAGAGAGAGAAUCAUUUGAUUCUGUCCUCCUCUCCUCUCCUCCUUUUCUCCCUCCUCCUCUUCCCUCCAUUAUGAAAGGAGAGAUGACAGUAAUUUCACUCUGUCCUCCCUCCUCAUCACUCGUUCCUCCAUUCUGAAAGUCUGGUUUAUGUCCCCUUAGGGAAUGCGUUAGGGAAGGGAGGAUAACGAUGAGGCAUCACCAGAAAGCAACGAGUUGGACAGUAUCAUAUAGGGCUGUUUUACUUUACUGUAAGUCAGUGGUGUUGCAAGAGUGGUCCCUGUGUUUAAGGGGGACUGGAAUGGAACAGUUUACCAGAGGACGUAGCUAGCUGUUACGGUAGGCUAACAGGCUAACAUGGAGAUUUACUCGUAUCUAUUUUCUCCUAUACAGUUGCUAGAAAACAUAUUGGCGACACAUUGGACACAGAUGUAGUUUGCUGGGCAAUCUUAAACCGUGUGUACAGUGUGCUAGGGGCUAGUAUGAUACUAUGCCACACAGAUGUAGCAUGUCUGUGACAAUUUCAAAGGUCCCAGAUACACACAACUUUAUGAAUGGGGAUUGGCCUUCUAGAAUACAGUCAUGGGGAGAACCUUGAAGACCAACAGAUUUCAGUAUUCCAGAUGCACUAGAUUGGAUGAUACUGUAUAAUACAUCAUGUCAUCAUUGCCAUAUAAAUAGAAUGAAUAGAACAUGCUUGGAAGCUCUAACCCUGGCAAUUUGUAAUGAAUGGAGAUGCCCUUUCUAUUCAUUCUAUUUCUAUGACCAUUGCUUCCUCUUUUAAUGAGGGGCUUGUUCUCUUUUGGUCUUUCGGUGACAGACGAUAUGGAGAAUAGUUUCUCUGGGCAGUUGUCUCUCGUAAGGAAAUAUCUCUGUAUUUAUGACCUAGCUCUCACUGUCCUCAGGAUAUCCGUGGAUCCACUCUUCCUUUAUAAUGUCAGUAUAACUCAGUCCCCAGAAAUGCACACCCUUUAAGAAGUUUAGCUGCUGACUGUGAAAUGUGUAUGUGAACUUGGAAGACAGAUAUGAUAAAUACCUUAGGAGUGAUUAUCAUGACAACAAUGAAUAUAAAUUAUUUUAUUUUAAAACAUUUGCUACUACACUAUUACAAAUCAUGUUAUUUACUAUGCAUAGCUUAAAAUGGACACCAUUUAUUUGCUGGCUUUCCAUGUAAUGUUUUCACCAUCCUACUAACUAACGACAGCUUUUUGCCUUCUUUCAGUUUGUAAUACGCUUCUUAAGUUCAUGUUUCUUUGUUUUUCUUUGGUUUCCCCAUCCAUCCCUUCAUCAGUUACUAAAAGACGCAAGGCUCACCUGAAGAGACUGGACCGCAGAUGGACCUUGGGGGGCAUAGUGAACCGCCAGCAGAGUCGAGGUGAACACACAGUCAACACACACACACACAGACACACACAGAGACACGCGCACACACACACACACAGACACGCACGCACGCACGCACACACACACACACACACACACACACACAGACACACACAGUCAACACACACACACACGCAAACACACACACAAACACACACACUCUCAAGUGGCAUCUCUCAGAACCACACAUAUACACACUCAUUCCUUCAUGGUAAGAAAACAAAUUUACAUCCAUGACAGUCAGCCAACAACAACUCCAUCUUAACUCCAACAUCACAAACAGCACAUUGGGUGGCCUUUAGAUUUCAGCUCCCAGAGUUAAAUUUACCACACUUUUCUCUACUUUUAGAAAGACAAUUAUUUCUUCAUUUUGCCCUGCGUAACAGAAUAAUUGACUAACAUUAAACAGAUUAGAUAAGGAGCGGUAUUUGGUUCAGACAGCACAAAAGUAACAACCUUGUUGGCUAAUAACUGUUGUAAACUUUACUGUGUGUAGUGCUACUUCAUGUGCUUAUGUUGUAUAAGAACCCUCCAGGUUCAGAACCAUUCGAUUUUAAUAACUGAGUUUUUUGGUAAACAUUUUUUGGUAAAGAUUAAAAGGGACAUGAAAAUGUUCUCACACUCUUGAAUGUAUCAUGUUGCCAAGCUCCCCUGGACACUGGAGUACUGGAAUAUGUCUCAAUGGAGAGUUGCUGUUGAGUCAUAAUGAAUUCUCGUUGAUGGACCCAGACAGACAUGAGCCUAUGUCUCAUGUUGUCUGGUAUCAAAUCAAAACUGGUCCAAGGUCAGCUUUGCAAUGGUUAUGGUUAGAAUCUGGGGAUGGUAAGCUGAUCCUAGAUCUGUGGCUAUUAAAAGGCUACUUCUACCCGUAUUUGAUCAAAAAAGUAGUCACUAUAUUGAAGGAUGAAGUUGCUCUAUACGCUGAUUGAAGGUCAGUUAGAUGUUCUCUGUCAUUGAUAUACUGUAGAUUGGAUUUGGGGAGGCUGAUCCUAGAUCUGUGUCUGUGGCCUACUCCUACCGAGAGCCAGAGUCAUUUCUCAUCCCUCUAAUAAGACCAGGAGAGAUCAGCCAUCUGUUUUUAGGAUUAGUUUUAACCCACUCACCCCGCCUGGCUCUGCCUUUUGUCUGUUUGUUUACUGAAACUGACCUGGGACUCAUAUAACCUCCCAGGCUCCCAAUAACAUACAUGGGGCGUGACUCACCUGGUAUAGCUUAACUCUGAUCCCAGAACAGUCAAAGAGACAAUAAACAUAAGUGAUUCAACAGAGCUGAUCCAACAGAGGGGGAACUCGGGUCAAAUGGUAUGAUUUAGUGCCUGUGUUGAUUAAUUUCAUACAGGCCUACGAUAACCUAUAUACUUUAGGGCCAGGCGUUUUUCCUAACCACAUGACCUGACCAGGAAAAACUCCACUUCCUAGUUGUAGUCUUACUAAUCUAUAACUAGGAACAUAGCUUUUCCUGGUUGGAUGCUCAGGAAAACCUCCUGGUCCUAUUUAUACUGUACAGGAGAAAAAAACCUAGUUCAGUACUAAGCCAACGGUCUCCAGUUGAUGACUACAUCCAGCUCUUUUGGAUGCUUUUGGUGAAUGUACUUAGCCUAAUAUCGCCUGCCAGAGCCUUGCCAUAGUCUCCAGCCAGAGCUGAGGGAAGCAGUUACAGUUAGGUAGCUAGCUAGCUCUCUCAGAGGGGUAACAGCAGGAGUAAUGGGCUGGCUGGAAUAGGCUGGUGGAAAGUGUGAAUGUGGGGCAGUAGCCCAUAUUGAAGCCUGGCUUUAAUCACAGACAGGAGCCUAUAACAGUGGAUGGAUCCACUUCUGUGUGUGUGAGUCACUGAAGUAACUGUUGCCAUGAAUGAAUAAGGACUCGCAUUGCGUGAGGCAUAUUUAUUAGGCAUUGUCAUAUCAUAUAUUUUUUAUAGUACUACUGAUAUUGAUUACUGCAUUGUUGGGAAAGAGCUAACAAGAAAGGCAUUUCACUGUACUAGAGCACGUGACAAUAAAAACGUGAAACUUGAUAUCAAUAUCCUAUAUCAAUAUCAUAUCCAAUAUCCCAGAUGACUUCACUUGAGACUCUGGAUCAACAUACAUGCCUGUGUAAGGAUGCUGUACUAGAGACAUCAACCAGCAAAAACAGACAGUAGUGAUAUAUCGUCCCCUGUUGCGUUUGACACAUUUUAACAGCCAGGGUUUCAGGUCAGUUGGGAGUCCAGUGUUGCUUUCAGCUGGCACCAUCAGAAGCACUGCUGCAUGCUAACAAAUUUAUGACUUCUGGAUUAGAGGCCUUGUUUCCACUCUACAAAAUGAUCCCACCAUACUGCUGACUGUGGUCGGAAACUUUGUUUCUGAAUUUGUUCCUUUUUCCACCACCGAUUCUAAUUCCCCUCUCUCCUAGCAGGCUCGAGAGCGAGAGCGAGCUCGCGCAGAGAGAAGAUCCUCGAGAGAGACGAAUCUGGAUAUCUUUCUUAUAUAUAUAUAUAUAUAUAUAUAUAUAUAUAUAUAUUAUAUAUAUAUAUAUAUAUAUCAGGUGGGGAGAACAAGUAUUUGAUACAUACCGAUUUUGCAGGUUUUCCUACUUACAAAGCAUGUAGAGGUCUGUAAUUUUUAUCAUAGGUACACUUCAACUGUGAGAGACGGAAUCUAAAACAAAAAUCCAGAAAAUCACAUUGUAUGAUUUUUAAGUAAUACAUUUGCAUUUUAUUGCAUGACAUAAGUAUUUGAUCACCUACCAACCAGUAAGAAUUCUGGCUCUCACAAACCUGUUAGUUUUUCUUGAAGAAGCGCUCCUGUUCUCCACUCAUUGCCUGUAUUAACUGCACCUGUUUGAACUCGUUACCUGUAUAAAAGACACCUGUCCACACACUCAAUCAAACAGACUCCAACCUCUCCACAAUGGCCAAGACCAGAGAGCUGUGUAAGGACAUCAGGGAUAAAAUUGUAGACCUGCACAAGGCUGGGAUGGGCUACAGGACAAUAGGCAAGCAGCUUGGUGAGAAGGCAACAACUGUUGGUGCAAUUAUUAGAAAAUGGAAGAAGUUCAAGAUGACGGUCAAUCACCCUCGGUCUGGGGCUCCAUGCAUGAUCUCACCUCGUGGGGCAUCAAUGAUCAUGAGGAAGGUGAGGGAUCAGCCCAGAACUACACGGCAGGACCUGGUCAAUGACCUGAAGAGAGCUGGGACCACAGUCUCAAAGAAAACCAUUAGUAACACACUACGCCGUCAUGGAUUAAAAUCCUGCAGCGCACGCAAGGUCCCCCUGCUCAAGCCAGCGCAUGUCCAGGCCAAUGACCAUCUGGAUGAUCCAGAGGAGGAAUGGGAGAAGGUCAUGUGUUCUGAUGAGACAAAAAUAGAGCUUUUUGGUCUAAACUCCACUCGCCGUGUUUGGAGGAAGAAGAAGGAUGAGUACAACCCCAAGAACACCAUCCCAACCAUGAAGCAUGGAGGUGGAAACAUCCUUCUUUGGGGAUGCUUUUCUGCAAAGGGACAGGACGACUGCACCGUAUUGAGGGGAGGAUGGAUGGGGCCAUGUAUCGCGAGAUCUUGGCCAACAACCUCCUUCCCUCAGUAAGAGCAUUGAAGAUGGGUCGUGGCUGGGUCUUCCAGCAUGACAAUGACCCAAAACACACAGCCAGGGCAACUAAGGAGUGGCUCCGUAAGAAGCAUCUCAAGGUCCUGGAGUGGCCUAGCCAGUCUCCAGACCUGAACCCAAUAGAACAUCUUUGGAGGGAGCUGAAAGUCUGUAUUUCCCAGCGACAGCCCCGAAAUCUGAAGGAUCUGGAGAAGGUCUGUAUGGAGUAGUGGGCCAAAAUCCCUGCUGCAGUGUGUGCAAACCUGGUCAAGACCUACAGGAAACGUAUGAUCUCUGUAAUUGCAAACAAAGGUUUCUGUACCAAAUAUUAAGUUCUGCUUUUCUGAUGUAUCAAAUACUUAUGUCAUGCAAUAAAAUGCAAAUUAAUUACUUAAAAAUCAUACAAUGUGAUUUUCUGGAUCUCUACAUGCUUUGUAAGUAGGGAAACCUGCAAAAUCGGCAGUGUAUCAAAUACUUGUUCUCCCCACUGUAUAUCUGUCUCUCUGUCUCUCUGUCUCUCUGUCUCUCUGUCUCUCUGUCUCUCUGUCUCUCUCUCUCUCUCUCUCUCUCUCUCUCUCUCUCUCUCUCUCUCUCUCUCUCUCUCUCUCUCUCUCUCUCUCUCUCUCUCUCUCUCUCUCUCCCCUUCCUCUUUACUCAUUCCUUUUAUCGCUGUUCUGAAGUGGUAAUGAGUGUUAUGAAUGCCAGGCGAGGCAUGUAUCAGACAGCACAGAUAGGGGGCCUUGAGGCAGCAUGCACAGACAGUUUCUAGUAGUGCUGAGUGAUUAGUGCUUUUUGGGGUCGAUUCGGUUUCAGUUCGAUAUAAAAAAAGAAAUAUGUUUUUUGAUAAUACAAUUUAAACAUUAAGUGCAUUAUGAAAUAACGACAUUAAAAUGAUUUUAGAGCUUUUAAUGGAAAUUCCAAAAACAAAAUAGUGAACAUUAAAUUGCCAAAACAUUGAAAAUAUUCCAUUGUCUCUGUCAGGUCCACAUUGGGUAACCAUCAAUAGAAAAAUAAAAAAUGACUAUGAAAUAAUAUUUCACUUGUGUAUAUUACUUUGUUUUUAUUUGAUUACUUUAUUAUCUUUCAUUCCUUAAAGUCAUCAUCUAAUCUCUGCUCAGGCAGUAGCAGCCAAACAGCUAGUCAACGUUAUCUCUGUGCUGCCCAUACUGUCAUCCUAUUUAGCUAAGCUAGCUUGCCUUACUAUGCUGCAGAGCUGUCUGACAAAAUAAUUGUAUUAGUCCUUCAAAGUAGAUAAGGCAUACUUUCACAAACUGUCUCUAUCCCUCUCUCUCAUCAUUGUGUACAUUCCUCUCUCAUUCAGUCUAUGCGGUCUGUGUGUAGAGAAAGUGUAUUCAUCUCUGUCUGAGCCGGAAAGAACAGGUGCAAUGGAUUAUGGUCGUUGUAGUUAAUUACCAAGUUCCUGCGCUGAACUAGAUUGAAUAUUUGCUUAAUGAAAACUACAACUCCCUUCAGCCAGGCAUUCCACAUAGUUCUUGACUUGAUUAAAUCCGUAAACAUGGGUACCCUCAUAGAUAUCAUCCUGACUAACUUACCCUCUAAAUACACCUCCGCUGUCUUCAACCAGGAUCUCAGUGAUCACUGCCUUAUUGCCUGAUUCCGUAACGGGUCCGCGGUCAAACGACCACCCCUCAUCACUGUCAAACGCUCCCAAAAACACUUCAGCGAGCAGGCCUUCCUAAUUGACCUGGCCCAGGUAUCCUGGAUGGAUAUAGAUCUCAUUCCGUCAGUAGAGGAUGCCUGGUUGUUCUUUAAAAGUAAUUUCCUCUCAAUCUUAAAUAAACAUGCCCCAUUCAAAAAAUACAGAACUAAGAACAGAUAUAGCCCCUGGUUCUCCUCAGACUUGACUGCCCUUGACCAGCACAAAAACAUCCUGUGGCGUACUGCAUUAGCAUCAAAUAGCCCCCGCGAUAUGCAACUUUUCAGGGAAGUUAGGAACCAAUAUACACAAGCAGUUAGGAAAGCAAAGGCUAACUUUUUCAAACAGAAAUUUGCAUCCUGUAGCACUAACUCCAAAAGGUUUUGGGACACUGUAAAGUCCAUGGAAAAUAAGAGCACUUCCUCCCAGCUGCCCAAUGCACUGAGGCUAGGAAACACUAUCACCACUGAUAAAUCUACAAUAAUCGAGAAUUUCAACAAGCAUUUUGCUACGGCUGGCCAUGCUUUCCACCUGGCUACCACUACCCCGGCCACCAGCUCUGCACCCUCCGCUGCAACUUGCCCAUGCCCCCCCCGCUUCUCCUUCACACAAAUCCAGACAGCUGAUGUUCUGAAAGAGCUGCAAAAUCUGGACCCCUACAAAUCAUCUGGGCUAGACAAUCUGGACUCUUUCUUUCUAAAACUAGCCGCCGAAAUUGUCGCAACCCCUGUUACUAGCCUGUUCAACCUCUCUUUCGUAACGUCUGAGAUCCCCAGAGAUUGGAAAGCUGCCGCGGUCAUCCCCCUCUUCAAAGGGGGUGACACUAUAGAUCCAAACUGUUACAGACCCAUAUCCAUCCUGCCCUGCCUUUCAAAAGUUUUUGAAAGCCAAGUUAACAAACAGAUCACCGACCAUUUCGAAUCCCACCGUACCUUCUCCGCUAUGCAAUCCGGUUUCCGAGCUGGUCAUGGGUGCACUUCAGCCACGCUCAAGGUCCUAAACGAUAUUAUAACCGCGAUCGAUAAUAGACAGUACUGUGCAGCCGUUUUCAUUGACCUGGCCAAGGCUUUCGACUCUGUCAACCACCGCAUUCUUAUUGACAGACUAAAUAGCCUUGGUUUCUCAAAUGACUGCCUCGCCUGGUUCACCAACUACUUCUCUGAUAGAGUUCAAUGUGUCAAAUCGGAGGGCCUGUUGUCUGGACCUAUGGCAGUCUCUAUGGGGGUGCCACAGGGUUCAAUUCUUGGGCCGACUCUUUUCUCUGUGUAUAUCAAUGACGUCGCUCUUGCUGCUGGUGACUCUCAGAUCCACCUCUACGCAGACGACACCAUUUUGUAUACAUCUGGCCCUUCAUUGGACACUGUGUUAACAAACCUCCAAACGAGCUUCACUGCCAUACAACACUCCUUCAGUAGCCUCCAACUGCUCUUAAACACUAGUAAAACUAAAUGCAUGCUCUUCAACCGAACGCUGCUUGCACCCGCCCACCCGACUAGAAUCACUACUCUCGACGGGUCUGACCUAGAGUAUGUGGACAACUACAAAUACCUAGUGUGUCUGGUUAGACUGUAAACUCUCCUUCCAGACUCACAUUAAGAAUCUCCAAUCCAAAGUUAAAUCUAGAAUCGGUUUCCUAUUUCGCAACAAAGCCUCCUUCACUCAUGCUGCCAAACAUGCCCUCGUAAAACUGACUAUCCUACCGAUCCUUGACUUCGGCGAUGUCAUUUACAAAAUAGCCUCCAACACUCUACUCAGCAAAUUGGAUGUAGUCUAUCACAGUGCCAUCCGUUUUGCCUCCAAAGCCCCAUAUACUACCCACCACUGUGACCUGUACGCUCUUGUUGGCUGGUCCUCACUACAUAUUUGUCGCCAAACCCACUGGCUCCAGGCCAUCUAUAAAUCACUGCUAGGCAAAUCCCCGCCUUAUCUUAGCUCAUUGGUCACCAUAGCAACACCCACCCGUAGUAUGCGCUCCAGCAGGUAUAUCUCACUGGUCAUCCCCAAAGCCAACACCUCCUUUGGCCGCCAUUCCUUCCAGUUCUCUGCUGCCAAUGACUGGAACAAAUUGCAAAAAUCUCUGAAGCUGGAGACACUUAUCUCCCUCACUAACUUUAAGCAUCAGUUGUCAGAGCACCUUACCGAUCACUGCACCUGUACACAGCCCAUCUGAAAUUAGCCCGCCCAACUACCUCAUCCCUAUAUUGUUAUUUAUUUUGCUCAUUUGUACCCCAGUAUCUCUAUUUGCACAUCAUCUCUUGCACAUCUAUCAUUCCAGUGUUAAUACUAAUUGUAAUUAUUUUGCACUAUAGCCUAUUUAUUGCCUUACCUCCAUAACUUGCUACAUUUGCACACACUGUAUAUAUACUUAUUUCUGUUGUAUUUUUGACUUUGUUUUGUUUUACCCCAUAUGUAACUCUGUGUUGUUGUUUUUAUCGCACUGCUUUGCUUUAUCUUGGCCAGGUCGCAGUUGUAAAUGAGAACUUGUUCUUAACUGGCUUACCUGGUUAAAUAAAGGUUAAAUAAAAAAAAAAUUUUUUUUCAUUAUUAUUUGAUUUCUCUCUAGAGAAAUGGUGCGUUGGGCUCACAAAAAACGAAAAAACUAAAUGGAAUUCAUGUAAUUGAACCGACGUCGGUCAAUUAGUUGGUUGGUCAAGUUGUUUAACAACUAAAGAAAAUAAAUGUGGUUAAUCGCUCAGCACUAAUUUCUAGGAAGCUAAAAGUGGAGUUAAGCGUAUCAGGGAAAUUAUCAUUGACCAUAAAGGAUACUUAGAAUUACUCUACGCUGAGUGUUCUCUCCAUAGACAUAAAUAAUGGAUAAAUACUGUAUCUCAUGGUUCGCUCUAUGAAGAUGUACUCUUAUCAUUAGACAUGGAAUCUUUCUUAAUUUAUCUUUCCACGAUUACAUAAAUACUCUACCCACCUCCUUCUCAACCUUAUUGGAAGAGUUUUGAGAAAGAGGUGAGGAGAGAGGAUGGAAGGAAUUGAGGAAAGAUGAAUUGAGAAAGAAGCAUGCAUGAGUUGGAGAGAGGAAAGUAGGGAGUCUAACCUUACUAUAUUAAUGAAUUGUCUUCUUAACGACUUAUCUGAAACUACCCAGAAACACUCUUUACUAAUGGAAUACUUGACCCAUUUACUAAGAAAUAAAAUAUUUUAGAAAAGAGAUAGAAAACAAGAUAAGGAGGGAAGAUAAGUGCCAGGUGCUAAAUCUUAUUGAUUAACACCACAGAGGAGGAAGCAAAAUGGAUUACUUUGCUGUUUUUCCUAUUUGGUCAAAUUCACACAUUCUGACCCUACGUCGGGUCAAUAUGUCUAAAGUUGUUAACUUUAUUGCCAAAAUACUCCCAAAGAAGACAAAGGAGGAAGCAAAAUGGAUCACUAAGUCCACUUACUCUGACCCUACCUCAGGUCAAUGGGCCUGCCUUUGGUAACUUUAUUGCCAAAAAGACUCCCAAGCAAAACAAAUGGAUCCCUUGUUAUUGCAUUGUUCGGUCAAACCCACAAAUUCUUCUGACCGAAUAUUAGGUCAGUACAGUCUGAUUGGCUGGUCCAAUGAAAUCCAUAGGAGUUGAUUGGCUAGUGACAGCAGGAUGACCUCACCUCAUUGAUUACCUCAUGUGUUGUUGAUAGGGCUCUAUCCAGUCUCCUCCACCCUGUUCCUCGGUCUGUAUGUCUAGAGAACAGGAUCAGUUACAGCAGAGUCUAAUCUAAUUUAUGGCAGUGUGCUGAUAACCUCCUUCUCAACUCACUGUUUGGGGCUUUGGACCCAGCUGACUGGGCAAACACUCACUAAGACGGUGUGAGACACACGUACACGUCCAGAGAGCACGCUCACACAAAUGAUAUGUUUGAAUACACAAGCACCCUCACAGGCACGCACACACAAACACACACACACACACACACACUGACACAAACUCACACCACAUUCCCUCUCCACCUGCAAGUACUCAGCCUUCCUCAACCACACACACACACACACCCUACACACACACACACACACACCCUACACACACACACCCUACACACACACCCCACCCAACACACACUCCCUGUGCUACCCAGUCCCAAAGCCCCAAGACAUUCCUUACAGCUCUCUAUAAUUGACCCAAGCCCCUCAGCUCCCUCUGGAAUGACAGGCAGCAGUAGAAUGUGUUCCCCCUAAAACCUCACCUCACCCCACCCAUUGUUAACAGACUGACACACACACACUUUCACACCUCUGAGAUUCCUCUCCUGUUUCUCAUGUUUAACUUCCCCAUCCCACCCAGGGACACAUUGGCUGUGUCUCAAAUUACACUAUAUUAAUCCUAUAGUACACUACUUUUGACCAGAUAUGACACCCUAUUUCUUGCAUAGUGCACUGCUAUUGACCUAGUCAGAAGUAGUGUACUAUAUGGGGCAGUAUAGGGGAUCAUUUGAGUGCACUAUAUGGGGCAAUAUAGGGGAUAAUUUGUGACACAAGCCAUUCUCACUGGACCAACUCUGAUUCUUCUCUCUCCCUGCCUUUAGCCCCAUUCUCUCCCAUGCCCCUGUAUAUCCCAUUGAAGCAACAGCUGCUUAAAGUGGCCCUAUAUAUCUACCCCCCCCCCCCUACCCCUCAUACUUACACUUGGCUUAUCCCACUCUCCCUCCACAGUGGUUGAAUCCCCCUACGGAUCAUUCCACUAUAGAGUGGCCGCGGGGGAUUUCCCUUAUCUGGCUCUGGGCAGCCAAGUGGAGCCAGAUAAAGAUCUGAGAGCUUCCACAGGUUCCUUAUCUCCAACAGGGAGGCUCCAUACUGCAGCUCUGGAGCUCUGCAGCCAUUUCAAAGGGAUCCAGUCUGCAGGGUUGUUCACUCAACAGUGUUUAUUAUGGGUCCACAGUGGAUCCUGGCUGGGUUGCCUCUGUCACAUUCUAGCUGUGAUAAGGAAGGGUUUGAGAGGGUUGUGGAAUUGAUGAGAGGUAUGGCCAGUAGAGGGUGCUGUUUUGUGUUGGUAUUGGAGGAUAAGCAAGGAAUGGAUACAGUCAGGGUAUGCAUGCUGGCUUGAACAAAUAAAACAGAUAAAAUGGCUAACUGGGUGAUUUCGGAUACUUUUGUGUUGCUUUCUAAGAGAACAUUGAUUGAUUGAAAUACUUUUGUUGUUGCAGUAGAUAUCUCUUGACUGGGAAAUUCAAGGGGAGUUUUCCAAGGGGUUUAUUACUGGGAUUUACUGAACUGAAAUGUUGAUUCUUUCCUUUUUUUCACUGAUCCUUCCAUCCCCCGUGUAGAAGAGAAGUACAUGACGGUGCAGCCGUACGCCAGCCAGGGGAAGGACGAGAUCGGCUUUGAGAAAGGGGUCACCGUGGAGGUCAUCCAAAAGAACCUGGAGGGCUGGUGGUACAUCAGGUGAGAAUCACCUCCUCCCAUUGGUCCUUACUGUGGAGGGCUUCCUCUGAUUGGUCCUCACCAUGGAGUGACAGGCACCUUAGCCAAUGGAAAACAUUGCUCCGGUUAAGAAUUCACACCUAUUUGAUUAUAUUAGUGAUUUUAUGUUGGAUGGGCCCAGUUCCAAUUCCAAUUAAAUCUUUCACUCCCUUCAACAAGGCCGGUAAGUGAAUGAUCAUAUUGGAAUCGGGCCAAAAGUUAAUGUACAUUUUCUCACACUCUAAUGAAAUGAGUCUCCAGAGAGAGCUUUUAUAUCAUUAUUUUCAGAGAUGUGAUCAAGGCAGAGGUACAUCUCAUCUGUUUAAUGGUAUUGGAAACGUUUAACAUAUGUGGCUCAUUGGAGAUCCGGUGAAUGCGUUGUGUGUGAUCUGUUCAGUGGAAGAGCGACAGAGUGUGUGUUGUAUACUCAGUAAACGUGUAUUUCCUGGCCUGUUGUUUGUCAUUUCCUCGUGGCCCGAGGGCCUUGUGAGUUCCACUCUCCAGCUGAUGAUUACCACAUGCUACUCUGGACUGCUCUGGCUUAAAGAACAGUCCUGUUACAUCUCUCAUGUAUUAUCCACACACCACAGGCAGCUGGAGGCACCUUAAUUGGGGAGGACGGGCUCAUAGUAAUGGCUGGAACGGAAUCAAUGGAAUGGUAUCGAUCACAUCAAACGCAUGGUUUCCUUGUGUUUGAUAACAUUCCAUUGACUCCAUUCCAGCCAUUAAUAUGAGCCGUUCUCCCCCCCGGCAGCCUACUGGCUCACACACACAACAGUGUUCUACUGCUCUGCUCAGAAUCAGUCUGUUCUUUUAUGUGUAUGGGGACACCUAGUGGUCAUAGACAGUCAGUGGGAGAAUAAACAUUUACAUUUACAUUUUAGUCAUUUAGCAGACGCUCUUAUCCAGAGCGACUUACAGUUAGCGCAUACAUUAUUUUAUCGAACCCACAACCCUGGCGUUUGACAUAAAGACUCACUUUGACAUUGUAAAUAAUUCUCGCUUACUUGUCAACCUUGGCAGAAGAUGUGAUAAGAUGUCAUGUUUUACUGCUGAUGUACCAGUGUUAUUACUGAGGGACAUAAAGUGGAAGUAAUCACAGUGUAUUGCUUGUGAUGACUUUGUAGUCAACACAAGAUGCACUUUCUGACCGGUAAGGGUUACUAUUUGACCGGUAAGGGUUACUAUUUGACCGGUGAGUAAACUUCCAUUCUCCUCCCCUAUUCUGCUACUAGGUACCUGGGGAAGGAGGGCUGGGCCCCGGCCUCAUACCUGAAGAAGAUGAAGGAGGACUUCUCAUCCCCUGGCCGGAAGAAGACCCUGACAGGCCCUGUGGAGAUCAUAGGCAACAUCAUGGAGAUCAGCAACCUGCUCCAGAAGAAGUCCAGCAGUGAGAAGGUAAGGUUUUAAGAUUUCACUUUUAACUCACGAUUUCUCUAUGAUUGAACUUUUAGUAAACUUUCAGUUAAUUUUUUUUACUGUAAAGUGUGUUGCCAUUUUAAUUGCAGUUUAAAUAAAGUUGCAUUUGAUUUGAUUAAAAGGAUUUCCAAACGGAUGGAGAUGCCACCAGUCCUGAGCGCCACAUCUCAAAGAGUGAGAUCAGCCUGCCCAUGCCCUAUGCCCCAGGUUACAAUCCCAGUCCCGACCACGGCCCCAGCCCUGGCCCAGGUCCGAGCCCCAGUCCUGGGCUGAGUUCUGGGUCUGGGAUGGGUACCUCCAGUCCUAGCCUGGGCCCUGGUGCUAGUGGCCCUCUACAGGACAGUAAGGGGAAGACAGAGCCUGGUUCUCCUGCUGUAGCACGUGUCGCUCCACACAGAGUGUCGAUAGGUGAGUGUCAUGAAUUAUGGAGUUGUAUGGUGAUUCAAAUUAGACUAUUCACUCGACUGAAGUAAAAUAUUAUUGUUUUCUUUUUGCAUAGGCAUUGAGGCUAUAGGUAAGACAUGGAAAGCCGAAGGUGUAUUGUGUGAAUAUAAUAUUUGGGCGCUAAUUUACAGUGCCUUGCAAAGGUAUUCAUCCCCCUUGGCAUUUUUUUCUAUUUUGUUGCAUUACAACCUGUAAUUUAAAUGGAUUUGUAUUUGUAUUUCAUGUAAUGGACAUACACAAAAUUGUCCAAAUUAGUGAAGUGGAAUGAAAAUAAAUAACGGAAAAGUGGUGCGUGCAUAUGUAUUCACCCCCUUUGCUAUGAAGCCCCUAAAUAAGAUAUGGUGCAACCAAUUACCUUCAGAGUCGCAUAAGUAGUUAAAUAAAGUCCACCUGUGUGCAAUCUAAGUGUCACAUGAUCUGUCAGGGUUGGGUUAUAAAAAUAUAUCAGAAACUUUGAACAUCUCAUGGAGCACCAUUAAAUCCAUUAUUAAAAAAUUUAAAGAAUAUGGCACCACAACAAACCGGCCAAGAGAGGGCCGCCCACCAAAACUCACGGACCAGGCAAGGAGGGCAUUAAUCAGAGAGGCAACAAAGAGACCAAAGAUAACCCUGAAGGAGCUGCAAAGCUCCACAGCGGAGAUUGGAGUAUCUGUCCAUAGGACCACUUUAAGCCGUACACUCCACAGAGCUGGGCUUUACGGAAGAGUGGCCAGAAAAAAGGCAUUUCUUAAAGAAAAAAAUAAGCAAACAUAUUUGGUGUUCGCCAAAAGCCAUGUGGGAGACUCCCCAGAUGAGACUAAAAUUGAGCUUUUUGGCCAUCAAGGAAAACGCUAUGUCUGGCGCAAACCCAACACCUCUCAUCACCCCGAGAACACCAUCCAAUGUUUUUCAUCGGCAGGGACUGGGAAACUGGUCAGAAUUGAAGAUAUGAUGGAUGGCGCUAAAUACAGGGAAAUUCUUCAGGGAAACCUGUUUCAGUCUUCCAGAGAUUUGAGACUGGGACGGAGGUUCACCUUCCAGCAGGACAAUGACCCUAAACAUACUGCUAAAGCAACACUCGAGUGGUUUAAGGGGAAACAUUUAAAUGUCUUGGAAUGGCCUAGUCAAAGCCCAGACCGCAAUCCAAUUGAGAAUCUGUGGUAUGACUUGCUGUACACCAGCGGAACCCAUCCAACUUGAAGGAGCUGGAGCAGUUUUCCCUUGAAGAAUGGGCAAAAAUCCCAGUAGCUAGAUGUGCCAAGCUUAUAGAGACAUACCCCAAGAUACUUGCAGCUGUAAUUGCUGCAAAAGGUCACUCUACAAAGUAUUGACUCUGGGGGGGUCAAUACUCAAGCUCAAGUUUUCUGUUUUUUUUGUCUUAUUUCUUGUUUGUUUCACAAGAAAACAUAUUUAGCAUCUUCAAAGUGGUAGGCAUGUUGUGUAAAUCAAAUGAUACAAACCCCCCCCCACAAAAAUCAAUUUUAAUUCCAGGUUGUAAGGCAACAAAAUAGGAAAAAUGCCAAGUGGGGUGAAGACUUUCGCAAGCCACUGUAUAUCUAUUAGACUAAUAUUUGGGUGCUGGGACAUAUGUGUGACUAAUAUUUGCCUAAUAAAGUGCAAUAAAAACGUAUUUAGUGCUGGGUGAUAUAACAUUUUGAUUGGGGUUUUACUGAUAUACUAAGGUUUGUACUCGUCUGUUGUGUGUUUUACUACUACUAAUUGCACUUCUAUCAUUCCUAAAUUUGACACUAAAUGAUGCUAAUCUAUAAUUCCAUUCAUUAGGCUCUCCCAACCUCCGACAAAAACCUCCUCCUAGAAGAGAAAUGAAUCUGGUAAGUCACUCUCAAAUACAGUAUGUAUCAGAAAAUGUUUUUUACACUUGAACAUAGAACAUUGAACUCAAAAUGGUUCUUUUUCUACUCCUCUUGUUUGUGUAGGGCUUCCAGUUACCCAAGCCACCAGAGCCACCUACUGUGGAAGCAGAGUACUACACCAUCGCAGAAUUCCAGUCCUGCAUCUCUGAUGGCAUCAGUUUCCGUGGAGGACAAAAAGCUGAUGUAAGCACCCAGAACCAUAGAGAUAGAUACAGUAUCUAUACAGGUAUUUCGUUUCUGUAUAGAUUGAUAGGCUACUGUCUAUAUGAUCUAUCUCUAUUCUCAGAAAUGCUGGACAUCUGUUGGUAUUGAAAUCUGACUGAGCACAUUAAAUAUUAAUGACAACUGACAGCUCACCAGAGACACAUCUGCUGAAGCUGCAUAGAUAUGGCCUUGACGGUCUGUUGAAUUUGAUGAUGCUGACAAAAUACUGUAUAGAAUCCAACUGGAGGUCAGGGUGGACAUUUGAAGUUAGAAGAAAGGAGCUUUUGUUUAGAUUUCUCCACCCACCACACCAAGAAGGAUACCCAGAAUAUUGAUGACAUGUGUCUAUAAAAUAAACAGCUACAGAUGUAGGAUAUUAAUUUGAGCCAGUUUGCUACAGCAGGAAAAUAAUCCUGCAGCAACAAGAAAUGUGAAUUGUUAUGUGGAUUAUAAUUAAUGGACAUUUUUGUAGGAGCUGAUAAAUUUUUCGAAAAUCAAGUCUGAAAUUUCAGAGUGGAAUUUACUAACUUCAGAAGCCUUUUUAAAACUCAAAUACACUACAAGUUGUAAAUAUCUUGCAUUGCAGGAAAGUUGUCCUGCGACAGUGCAACCUUCAAAUGAAGGACCUACAUCUGUAAAUGGGGGGAUGAUGGUGUGAUAGUGGAGGGGAUGUUAGAGGGAGGGAGGGAACAGCAGUAGAGAAAUAGGACACUUUUACUCUGACCCUCUCCCUAUGCAAUAUAGAUUCCAAGUUCUCCUGCAACAGGGUGAUCAAAUUAAGAUCCUACAUCUGUAUAACAGCAACACUCAAGAGAUCUACAUGUAUGAGACACAUUGUCUGCCUGCUUCCCAAAUGGCACCCUAUUCCCUAUAUAGGGCACUACUUUUGACCAGGGCCCAUUGUUAAAAAUGCAAUUUUCAUCAGUGUGAAGUUCAAGUGAGACUGAAUGUUGAUUAUAAAGCAAUAGUUCCAUCAAGUGUGUCUGACUGUUGGUUAUCUUCCCGCCUGUCUUCUCUGUAGGUCAUAGAGAAGAACUCCGGGGGCUGGUGGUAUGUCCAGAUCGGGGAGACGGAGGGUUGGGCCCCCUGCUCCUACAUCGACAAACGCAAGAAGCCCAACCUCAGCCGACGAACCAGCACGCUCACCCGCCCCAAAGUCCCGCCCCCAGCUCCGCCCGUCAAGAAGCAAGACUCAGAGGAGACGCCCUCACCUUCACCCAGUCACUCCAUCUCCUCCUCCUCCAAAGCCCCAGAAUCCCCCAGCCGGCCCGCAGUAUACGAGGAACCGGAAUACGAUGUUCCCGCUGUUGGGUGCGAGGGCGAGUCGGACACAGAUUCCCUGAAGGGAAGAAACAAUACAUCGCCCCCUGGAGGGGAAUAUCAACAGUGUGGUCUGUGAGAAGUACCGUAGUUCUCCUCUGGUCUGCAAGACCUCCCCUGUUAUUAUCAGCCAUAGAAGAAGAUCCUUCAGGACCGUUGAAGAGAUGGCCAAGGAGGAAUGUAUCUAUGAGAACGAUGGCUUCAGGCGCAGUAGUGGUGAUGAAGGGGCUUCGGCCAAAGGCUGCGGCGGUUCCAACUCCCCAAGGAUCUACCACUCCUCGACUGUACCCCGCAAACCCUCAGGGUCUUCACCUCUAGCAGGGGGAAAGCCAUUAAAGAAGAUCACCCCGGAGCUGAGCCGGAGCCAGUCCCUAGCCAAAGCCGACACCUGCCCCUGGUCGUCCUCAGAUGAAUCGGGUAGAGGUUCAAGGAAACCCCCAGGCAUCAGGACGGUGGAGCAGAGGAUAGGCCAGAGCCCCUCCACCAAGCCCAAGCCCUCGGUGAGGCCUAAACCUCUCCUCACCACGAAGUCAGAGCCCCAAUGCCCCGAGAGGAUGGACAUCACUUCCCUGAGACGCCAGUUGAGGCCCACGGGUCAGCUCCGGCAUACCGUCCAUGGGCUCAAAGACUCCGAGACGGCUUCCGUCAUCUCAUCGGAGGACUCCCAUUCUUCCCGCAACAGCACCUCAGACCUCUCCUCCAUCUACUCCAAGGGGAGCCGUAGAGAUUCGGAUCUGGAGGGGUUCAACCUAUACCGGACCACAGAUGCCUACGACAAGGUCCAGGAGUCGGAGCUGAGCUUCCCAGCUGGGGUGGAGGUGGAAGUCCUGGAGAGGCAGGAGAGCGGCUGGUGGUACAUCCGUUGGCGGGACGAGGAAGGCUGGGCGCCCACCUUCUACUUGGAGCCCAUCCGCCAAGGGAGGGACGGCGGUGGGUCCGAGUCCGACGGACAGCGCUCUGGGUCGGGCAGCGGCACCGGGAGCAAGUCCAACAGCCUGGAGAAGAAUGAGCAGCGUGUGCUGGCGCUCAACGACAUCAACCUCCAGGGACUCACCAACCACCACCAGGUACACCACACGCCGGGGGGUCUGAGGUCGAGGAACACUCCCCCAAUCCCCUCCAAGCCUCCGGGGGGCUUCUCCAAGCCGGCUGUGCUGGUCAACGGAGCCGUGAGAAUGAGGAACGGUGGGGUGAGACCGCAGUCCGCCGUCAGACCCCAGUCCGUGUUCGUGUCUGCGCCACAGCCCGCCAUGGACAGUCAACACUACAUGACGAAUUCCCUGAGGCGGAAUGAGUCAUUGGGCGCCCACAACCAGUACCGUACCGACCAGUACCGCUCUGGUUCCGCUACCCUCGGCGUGCGCCGUAACUCCUCCUUCAACGCAGUGCAUGCGCAGCCCGUCACAGUUGAGACCCGAUCGAGACCCUCAGAGCGCUCUAUCACCACCAGGGGGUCUUCGGCGGAACGAUUUGGCGCUGGCGGCGGGACGGACACCUUGAGCAGGGUUGGGGUUGUUGUGCAGCGUAACGGUAUCCCCGUCUCCACAGUCAGGCCCAAGCCUAUCGAGAAGAGCCAGCUGAUCCAUAACAACCUGGGGAGGGAGGUAUAUGUGUCUAUUGCUGACUACCGGGGGGACGAUGAGACCAUGGGAUUCCCUGAGGGCACCUGCCUGGAGGUUCUAGACAGGAACCCCAAUGGGUGGUGGUACUGUCAGGUCCAAGAUGCCCUGCACCCCCGCAAGGGCUGGGUCCCCUCCAACUACCUAGAGAGGAAGAAGUAA